CCGCGGCCAAUCAGUAGCGCGUAGGCUUUUGUAACGUUCCCGGCGCCGCGUUUGAAUUCGAGGAGGAGCUGAGCCGUGCCAAGCCUCUGCCCAGACCUUGCUAGGUCCGCUGAGCAACUCCGGGAACAUGAGUGCGGCGGCAACUGCAGGGAAGCUGGCGCGGGCACCAGCCGAUCCAGGGAAAGUCGGGGUCCCUGGAGUUGCCGCUCCCGGGGCCCCGGCGGCUGCCCCGCCGGCGAAAGAGAUCCCGGAGGUCCUAGUGGACCCGCGCAGCCGGCGGCGCUAUCUGCGGGGCCGCUUUCUGGGAAAGGGCGGCUUUGCCAAGUGCUUCGAGAUCUCGGACGCGGACACUAAGGAGGUGUUUGCGGGCAAGAUCGUGCCUAAGUCGCUGUUGCUCAAACCGCACCAGAAGGAGAAGAUGUCCAUGGAGAUAUCCAUUCACCGCAGCCUCGCUCACCAGCACGUCGUCGGCUUCCACGGCUUUUUCGAGGACAACGACUUUGUGUUCGUGGUGUUGGAGCUCUGCCGCCGGAGGUCUCUCCUGGAGCUGCACAAGCGGAGGAAAGCACUCACCGAGCCCGAGGCCCGCUACUAUCUGCGGCAGAUCGUCCUCGGCUGCCAGUACCUGCAUCGAAACCGCGUUAUUCACAGAGAUCUUAAGCUGGGCAACCUCUUCCUGAACGAGGAUCUGGAGGUGAAAAUAGGGGAUUUUGGACUGGCAACCAAAGUCGAGUAUGACGGGGAACGGAAGAAGACCCUGUGCGGGACUCCUAAUUACAUAGCUCCUGAGGUGCUGAGCAAGAAAGGGCACAGUUUCGAGGUGGACGUGUGGUCCAUUGGGUGCAUCAUGUAUACCUUGUUAGUGGGCAAACCACCUUUUGAGACCUCUUGCCUAAAAGAGACCUACCUCCGGAUCAAGAAGAAUGAGUACAGUAUUCCCAAGCACAUCAACCCCGUGGCCGCCUCCCUCAUCCAGAAGAUGCUUCAGACAGAUCCCACUGCCCGUCCAACCAUUCAGGAGCUGCUCAAUGACGAGUUUUUCACUUCUGGCUAUAUCCCUGCCCGCCUCCCCAUCACCUGCCUCACCAUUCCACCCAGGUUUUCAAUUGCUCCCAGUAGCCUGGACCCCAGCAGCCGGAAGCCUCUCACCAUCCUCAAUAAAGGCAUGGAGAACCCCAUGCCCGAGCGUCCCCGGGAAAAAGAGGAGCCAGUGGUGCGGGAGGCCAGCGAGGCGGUCGACUGCCAUCUCGGCGACAUGCUGCAGCAGCUGCACAGCGUCAACGCCUCCAAGCCCUCAGAGCGGGGGCUGGUGAGGCAAGAGGAGGCUGAGGAUCCCGCCUGCAUCCCCAUCUUCUGGGUCAGCAAGUGGGUGGACUAUUCGGACAAGUACGGCCUCGGGUACCAGCUGUGUGACAACAGCGUGGGAGUGCUCUUCAACGACUCAACACGCCUCAUCCUCUACAACGACGGCGACAGCCUGCAGUACAUCGAGCGUGAUGGCACGGAGUCCUACCUCACCGUGAGUUCCCAUCCCAACUCCCUGAUAAAGAAGAUCACCCUCCUCAAGUAUUUCCGAAACUACAUGAGCGAACACUUGCUGAAGGCGGGUGCCAACAUCACGCCCCGGGAAGGCGACGAGCUAGCCCGGCUACCCUACCUGCGUACCUGGUUUCGCACCCGCAGCGCCAUCAUUCUGCACCUCAGUAAUGGCUGCGUGCAGAUCAACUUCUUCCAGGACCACACCAAACUCAUCCUGUGCCCGCUGAUGGCUGCCGUGACCUACAUCGACGAGAAGCGGGACUUCCGCACGUACCGCCUGAGCCUCCUGGAGGAGUACGGCUGCUCCAAGGAGCUGGCCAGCCGGCUGCGCUACGCCCGCACCAUGGUGGACAAGCUGCUGAGUUCACGCUCGGCCACCAACCGCCUCAAGGCCUCCUCGUAGCCCCCCCCGCCCCCCUGGACUGGCACCCUCCUCCCCCCACCAGCACCUCGGCCCGCGCUGGUUAGAUCCCGUGGUGCUAUUUUAUGGGGUGUCCCCCAGCCCUGGGGGCUGGGGCGGAAGCUCCAUCAUCCCUGCAGGUGGGGCUGCUGUGUAAGUUAUUUUUGUACAUGUCCCGGUGUGGGUUCUGAGGCCUCUUCCCCUUCCCUCUCAACCCCACCAUAUGAAUUGUACAGAAUAUUGCUAUUGAAUUCGGGACUGUCUUUUC